AUGGCGUCCGACACCGCCGUAAAACUGGCGGUUCUCAUCGAUGCCGACAACGCGCGACCUAGCGUGGCCGGCGCUCUCCUCGCCGAAGUCGCCAAGUACGGCACCUCGUUUGUGAGACGGGCAUAUGGCGACUGGACUGGGACCAGUCUGAAGGGCUGGAAAGACCAGCUCCUCUCCCAGUCGAUCCAGCCCGUCCAGCAGUUUGCCUACACCCAUGGCAAGAAUGCGACAGACUCGGCCAUGAUCAUUGACGCCAUGGACCUACUCUAUGCCAACCGCUUUGACGGAUUCUGUCUCGUUUCUAGCGACAGCGACUUCACCCGGCUCGCGGUACGCAUCCGCGAGUCAGGCCUGGUUGUAUAUGGGUUCGGUGAGAAAAAGACGCCGAAACCUUUUGUCUCCGCCUGUGACAAGUUUAUCUAUUUUGAGAACAUCACGCACCACGAGCCGCUUGCCGCACCACAGUUGGACAUGGCCAUGGACAUGCCACUGCACAACCGAGCUUCCUCGACAAAGUUUGACGACAAUACCCCCUUGACGGCCCAGUUACGGAGGGCGGUCGAGGCGGCUUCAGAUGAGGAGGGGUGGGCCAAUCUCGCCAAAGUCGGCGGUCUCAUCACCAAGCAACAACCAGAUUUUGACCCUCGAAGUUUUGGAUAUCUCAAGCUUGGUGACCUGGUCAUUGCCACGCAUCAGUUCGACAUUGACCGUCGUAGUCCCGGAGAGGGGAAACCCGUCGUGGUGUACGCGCGUGACAAGCGUCAGAAGCAUCGUGCGGUCCAUGCGGCGGGUCGGCCAUGA